AUGGCAAUCUCUCGACGCAUGCUAAUAAGCCUCUCCACGAUCCUCCUUGUCUUCACCAUUCUGGCCAUCUCGCUUUCCACCGCUUUUCAAGCACGUCAUCCCGCAAAAAUCCCACAACUCACACUCGCAGAAGCCGCCAAACCAGGGCAAGCAGAGCCAGAAAUCAAAGGAAAGACCAAUGGGACUACCUUGGAUCGUACAGACAUCGAUAUCGAAUCUGCAACAUCUGUCGCUUGGGCUGCAAUCAUUUCCAUCCCAGCGAUAUCACGAUCGACGUCGGUUGACGAAGGAUUUAUCGGCCUGACGCCGACACCGCAACCCCCGCGGACAACUGUAGAUGAGGGAUAUAUCGGACCGAUCGAAACGGAACAAGCACCCAUCCCACCGAUACCAUCGCCCGCAGGCCCACAGUUCCCCAUCCUCGCCCUCUCGUAUACCGGGUCUGGAGGACCGAAGCACUGUCGCGGCGAGCUGAUACAUGAGCUGAGAAUCCCGCCUCCUGCAUCUGCACACAAGAAUGGGUCUUGUGUCGACUUGCCUACUAUGGCGCGUUGCGGAGUGUUCUUUGCUGGGAAAGACGAUAAUUGCGAGGCAGAGUUGUUUAAUAUGCCGGGUUGUUUGAACACAACGAGGUCCUAUGUGAAUACGGUUGUGUUUAUGCCGGAGGAGAGGGUAGUUGGUGCGUUGUGGAAGAGUAUGUGGGUCAGGUGUGGAAUUGACGCACCAGAGGCUGGGUUGUUGGAUCCGAGUGUUCUAGGAGACCUGCUUGUUAAGCCAGGUGGGUGA